AAGCGGAAGAUCUUCAGUGCUUUGAAAUACGUGACUUUGUACGAAUCAAAAUGAAAAUUAUAUUUUUUGGGCUGCUUAUCGCAGUCCUUGUUGUGUUCGGUCAUGGAGAUAAUUCCAAUGAGCCAACCCAUGUGCCGGCAAUAAGUACGUUUGGAGACUUGAAUGCGCAUUUGUUACAGAGUGCGAUAGACGCAAAGGCAGCAAGUGAUGCCUCUGCGAAAAAACUUGAUGACGCCCAAGUUGAGAGUGCUAAGGAAAUAGAAGAAAACCGGAAGGAGGAAGAAAAAUGGGCUGAAGACAUAUCGAGCUUGAGAGCUCAACUGUCUAAUCCCGAUUUACCACCUGCGUAUAAAAGUAUUAUGCAAAGAAUUCUCGAUGUACUAAUUGAACGUGACCAGAAACUCAGGGAUAUCCGUGAUAAACGUAAUAAAGCUAUACAAGUAAUUGACGAUGACAUUAAAAAGUCGCGUGAGAAAGACGAAGAGAUGGAUAAAUUGUUUAAUCAACAUGUGCUAACCGUUAGAGAACGCAUAAAUAGCCCGAUUUUGUAAUAUUCUUAUUUGAGA